UAUAUUCGGGUCCAUUCGUUUCUUAUCAAUGUGACAUUUAUUUUCUGACAGAAAUCGUUCUUGGCCUUAAUUUCAAAUACGCCAAAUGCUACCAGUGUGACAAAAGGCAGAGUCUCGUCAUCAAUUCUCUUCCGUACAAAUAUGAACAGCAAAACAGAGUUCGUACUAAGAAUGACUGCCUAUGAUGGGAAGGAAAUGCAAUUAAGUAGGGAAUGAAUGUAGGGAAUGUCUAUCAACUGAGCAUGACAAUCACCCCCAGAGCUAACAUGUACAGUGACAUGGUCUGAUAUGGCCACAGUGACAACCCCUGGGGAGGGACUUAGAUUCUACCCUCAGGAUCAGUGGGGGCUGGACUAUCUCUUCCAGACUUGUAACAAAUUGUACAUAGCUGAUAUCUUACUCAUGGAAGAGUAUCCAAUGUUUCCAGGUGCCUUUGCCUACAACAAUCACCCUGUUUACAAAGUAGAUGUGCUUGGUGUUGUGGUUAGAAUUGAAGAACGAUCGAAAAUGUUUCUUGUAUGCAGAGAGCACCGAGAGCGGCACAUGCACUGUAAGGAAUAUGUGUACAGAAGUGGAAUUCAUUCAUUUUUAUAUCUGUUCUUUGCUUUUUAUUUUUCAUGCGAGACAUGUUUUGCAGUUGAUGACGGAACUGGUGUGAUUCCUGUAGCUUGUUGGAAAACCAAGUUUGGGGAUAUACCAGACCCUGACAGUUUGUUCAGUAUUGACCCUCAGCUGGCUGGAAAAGUUGAAGAACUGAAGAGUUCAUCAAGGGAGAGAACUGUGGGCUACAGCCUUGGAGACUUAGUCCACAUUAAGGGGAAGCUGCAGAUAUUUAGAAAUAUGAAGGAAAUAGUGAGCUUUUACCAUAAAAAGGUAGAGAACUCCAUGUAUGAGGUGUUAAGAAUGCUGGAGUUACCUGCCCUUUACAAGAACCAUUAUGACAAACCUUUUAGACUGCCUUAUAAAGUUGCCCAGGAACUUAAACUGAAAGAGACGGAAGCUCAGACAGGUGUCAUCAGCGAGACAACUAAAGCCAAACAGCUGAAACCACUGGUUAAAGAUUUCUUGCAGAAAAAGAACAUAGUCAAUGUCUGCGCCAGGAAUCUGCUGGCAAAUGAGGAGUUUAGGCGGAGUGUUGCCGAGAUAGUGUCAGACCAGGCCAUCGGGGAAGAUAACGGUCAACCAGUCUCGGUGGUUAAACAUGCCUUGUCAUUUUUGGAACAGGAAGGAGAUCUGUGUCAGAAAUCUGGUCAACCUGGACUCUACGAGACCUUGUUCCAAGCCUGCCCGUUGGACACCAUUAUCCUCAGUAUCUUGAGAACAGAAUGCUCCAAGGAAAAGUACUCAGAGAAGGGCUGUCACAUGCUCCAUCUACUGGAUGAGCUGCAGAAGAGCCGUCAGUACUGUAAGCUACAGAAGGCAGGUCUGAUUACCUGUCUAGGAAGACUGGAGGCUCAAAGUGAUGUCAUAAGUGCUACGAGUAACCACUACCUAGUCUUUAGUUGAUGGAAACGGGUGCGUGGUGCUGAGAAGAUGGGAUAACUUAUACAUGGGACUUAGGAGCCUUAUUGCCUCCAUACAUAGGGACAGAAAUGUAAAAGCCCAGCUUGGAUCUCUGUGUAUUGAAUGGUAAAGAUUAGAAGUCAAGUGUGGUAUGAGGCUAUUACUGAAUGGCCAACAGAAUCUGACAAUAUCACUCCUGAGGAAGAUUGGAAUUGAAAAUGGAUUGGAUUCAAUUUCCAUAUUCUCUCUUCUAUGAGGGUUGCAUAUUGAUGUAAUUUUGAGGAAAAUUGUGUCCUAAAAAUUUCUUCAGAUGUAUUUAUUUAGGAACGAGGGAAUAGUGUGUGAGAAAUUCAUGUAAUAUGUCAUGAAUAGGUUUGUGGUAGAUUAAAGUAUUUGUAUACUGAAUAUGAACUAAAUUAUUUUUGUUCUUGUUUUCCAAUCAUCAUAUUUUUUAUGAUUUUCACGUUUUUAAGGCUUCCGAUUAUGU